GUAUCCACAGCCAGCAAGAACAAAUUCGGUUAUGACUUCCACUUUAACCUUCAAAACAACCAAUCUCAAAUAUCUAGCACGUUGAAUUGGAACAACCCGGAAGUCACGUGGAAGUAUGUCUCGUGCUCCGCAGAACAGACCAGUAAUUACACGCAGUGCGAGUGC